CCUAACCUAAGCUAACCCUCAGGACGACAUCGGCAUCAGUGGCGUCAUCGGCUCGGCAAUCUUCAAUAUCAUGUUUGUGGUGAGUGUGUGCGCCCUCUUCGCCGGCCACGUCAUAACCCUCAACUGGUGGCCGCUUCUACGAGACUCAACCUUCUACUGCAUCUCAAUCUGCGCUCUGCUCCUGACAAUCUACGACGAGGAUGUGACGUGGUACGAGUCUCUGUUCCUGCUGACGCUGUAUGGGCUCUAUAUCUUCAUGAUGUGCCACAAUUCCCGCCUGGAGGAGUGGGCCAACACCCUUAACGUACCCUUCAAGACUGCCACCAAGGAGGAGAAAUCAUCGCUUUUCGGAACCAAGCCUGUCCCGCCCGUGACCGAGGGGGGAGCUGCUGGUGCUGGUGCUGGUGGUGGUGGUGGAGGUGUUGGUGGUGGUGUUGGUGGUGAUGUGGAGGGUGGUGGUCCUGGUGGUGGUGGUGUUGGUGGUGGUGUUGACGGACAGCAAGAAGACGAACAACACCUUUUGAGAGACUAUGGAAGCACAGACGGCAUGGAGGCUCCCAGACAGACCCAACCGCCCCCCAUGGAGGUAGAGGCCGCCACUAGCAAGCCCAGCAUGGCCCCCGAAAUGAAGGACGACGACUACAGCCCCUGGGAUGUUCCUGUGGGGGUGUGCGAGCGGCUGUACUGGGGGUUGUCGCUUCCCCUGGUCGCUUUGCAUUACGUGACCACCCCCGAUUGUCGGCGACCACGGUGGAGGCGGUGGUAUUUGGCGACCUUCAUAAUGAGCAUGGUGUGGAUCGCUGCCUAUUCCUAUCUCAUGGUGUGGAUGAUCACGGUGAUAGGCUUCACGCUGGGCAUACGGGACACGGUGAUGGGAUUGACCUUGGUAGCCGUGGGAGUGUCCGCCCCCGACGCACUCUCCUCCCUCUGUGUGGCAAAGCAAGGCUUUGGCGACAUGGCAGUCAGUAACGCCAUAGGAAGCAACGUGUUCGAUAUUCUCAUCUGCCUUGGUCUGCCCUGGUUUCUGAGGACAGCGCUCGUCUUCCCCGGCAGCGUGGUCCCUGUAGAGAGCCGAGGGCUGCUGUACUCCACUAUCUCCCUCUUCUCCACCGUGGUCUUCCUCAUAGUUGCCACGCACCUCAACGGCUGGAAGUUGGACAAGAAAUACGGUGUGGUCCUAAUGAUUUGGUACCUUGUGUUCAUGGUGUUCGCAAGCCUCUACGAGCUCAAUGUGUUCUCCAAUCUCAACCCCCCGCAGUGCCCCAGCCCUUACUAAUUGCCCUCAUUAAGUUAGGGAAGGGUAAUUACAUUUUAUUUUGGGGGGUAGUGAGUUAGCCUUUGAGUUUUGUACACUUAAACACCUGGGCCUUGUUAAUUUUGUCUACCUGCAGUUAACCAGGUAGAUUAAGCAGGUAGAGUCAUUGAGUAUUGUGCAAUUAGGCAGUUAUUGUACCUUCCUAAUUACCUUUCACCUGUCCUCCUUAAUUAUGUCUACCUUUAGUUAACCAGGUAGAUUAAACAGGUAGGGUCAUUAAGUACUGUGCAAUUAGGCAGCUUAUGACCCUUCCUAAUUACCUUUCACCUGUGCAUUACGUUAAAUUACCUGUAUUUUCCCUCUUAAUUAACUAACUAAACAGGUGAACAGGGCAGGUAGAGAGCAAUUACCAGGUUGAUUAGGCCCUUAAUGACCCCACCUGAUAUGAGUGUUACCUGAGGCUCAUGUGACCUUAAUGAGAUAUAUUUGGACAGGUGACGUAUUGAUUGCACGUUAAUGACUUCAGGUGUAUGUGCCAGGUAGGGUGUAAUUAGUGUGUUGAUGAGGUUAUUUGUACACCUGGGGACGCAUUAUUACCUGGCCCUAAUGAGGUAUACGGUACACCUUGAUUUGUGAACUCUGUGAGGAGAGAUUAGAGGGAGAGAGAGCGUGAAAAAUGGAGAGAAAGGAGGAGAUAGAAGGAGAGAAAGAGAAGGAAAAGAAUGGAUAAGAAGAAUGAAUGGGAGAAAAGAUUAAAGGAGAGGAUGGAGGAGAAGAAGAGAAGGAGAAAGAGAGACGAAGAAGGAAGGAAGGGAGAUAAAUAUUUGUGUGUGUUAUGAAUAGGAGAGAGAGAGAGAGAAAGAGAAUGAGAGAAGGAAGGAAGGAAGAAGAAGAAGAAGCAUAAUAACAGAGGAAACGAAGCAUAAUAUAAAAAAGAUAGAUAGAUAAACAGAGAGAUGAGUAAACCAAAGACAUAACAUAAUAAUAAUAAUAAUAAUAAUAAUAAUAAUAAUAAUAAUAAUAAUAAUAAUAAUAAUAAUAAUAAUAAUAAUAGGUACUUAGAUAAUUAUGUUUAGGUCAUGACAAGUUCUGGUAUUACAAUUAUCAUUAUUAUUAUUAUUAUUAUUAUUAUUAUUAUUAUUAUUGAUGAUGAUGAUGAUGAUGAUUCAGCCUUCCAAACGGUACAUUCAAACUCAUCCAAGAGGCUUCCAAACUAGCCAAACACACACACACACACACACACACACACACACACACACACACACACACACACAAUGAUGAUGAUAGAAAAGUCAGCAACCCUCACUCUAGCGUACACACACACACACACACACACACACACACACACACACACACGGAAAAAAAAGUAUACACAUGUGCGUAGAGAAAGUAUAAAAUCACGUCUACAUAAGCUUUUUAUCCAUAUGUCCGUAUGUACGUAUGUAUGUAUGUGCGUAUCCAGUCUUCCUACGGUUGCUAGUUAGUAUAAUACGCUCCUGUCUUCCUAUUGGCCCAUUAUCGUAACUCUUUCUUCCUAUUGGUGCAUUUGAAGUCGCUAUUGCUGUCUUCCCAUUGGUCGAUUCUGUGUUCGCCUGACGCAGCUAGAUUUCUUAACAUGCGCAGCUGACAGGUCUUACGCGAGCCUUAAGGAUUCAUUAUCGCUGGAGAAAGGCGCUGUCGCUAGGUUAGAAUCAUUCGUAAGGAAGAGUUAAGCAUUUAGCAUUAGUUAGACCUCUGCUAGAAUGUGCGGUGCAGUGCUGGACUCCUUACUAUAGAAUGGAUAGAAUGUAUGACAAAAUUGAUUCACGAGUUAAGAAACUAAAUAAUUCGUAAAGGACACCUGGUUACAUAUUUAGCUUUAGUUAGACCUCAUCUAGAGUGUGCGGUGCAAUGCUGGUCCCCUUACUCUUGAAUGGAUAUCAAGGGUGUUGGAAUUUGCAGAGGAGGAUGACAAAAUAGAUUCAAGGGUUAAGAAACUAGAUCAUUCGUAAAGGACAGGUGAUUACAUAUUCAGCAUUAGUUAGACCUCAUCUAGAAUGUGCGGUGCAGUGCUGGUCCCCUGACUAUAGAAUGGAUAUCACAGGUGUCAGAAUCUAUGACAGAAAUGAUUCAAGGGUUAAGAAACUAAAUAAUUCGUACAGGACAGGUGAUUACAUAUUCAGCAUUAGUUAGACCUCAUCUAGAAUGUGCGGUGCAGUGCUGGUCCCCUUAUUAUAGAAUGGAUAUCACAGGUGUAAGAAUCUAUGACAGAAAUGAUUCACGGGUUACGAAACUAAAUAAUUCGUAAAGGACAGCUGAUUACGUAUUUAGCAUUAGUUAGACCUCAUCUGGAGUGUGCUGUGCCGUGCUGGUCCCCUUACUAUAAAAUGGAUAUCAAAGUGUUAGAAUCUAUGACAGAAAUGAUUCAAGGGUUAAGAAACUAAAUAAUUCGUAAAGGACAGCUGAUUACACAUUUAGCGUUAGUUAGACCUCAGCUAGAAUGUGCGGUGCAGUGCUGGUCUCCUUACUAUAGAAUGGAUAUCAGGGUGUUAGAAUUUGCUAGGAGGAUGACAAAAUUGAUUCAAGGGGUAAGAAACUAAGUAAUUCGUAAAGAACAGCUGAUUACGUAGUUAGCAUUAGUUAGACCUCAUCUGGAAUGUGCGGUGCAGUGCUGGUCCCCUUGCUAUAUAAUGGAUAUUAAGGUAUUAUAAUUUGCAGAGGAGGAGGAUAAAAUUGAUUCAAGGGUUAAGAAACUAGAUAAUUCGUAAAGGACAGCUGAUUACAUAUUUAGCAUUAGUUAGACCUCAUCUAGAAUGUGUCGUGCAGUCCUGGUCCCCUUACUAUAGAAUGGAUAGCACAGGUGUCAUAAAAUAUGACAGAUAUGAUUCACAGAUUGAGAAACUUGAUCAAUCGCAAAGAACAGCUGAUUUUGUAUUUAGCAUUAGUUAGACAUCAUCUGGAAUGUGCGGUGCAGUGCUGGUCUCCACCAUAGAAUAUAUUUGAACAUGUUAGAAUCUGUACAGAGGAGGAUGACAAAGAUUAUUCACGGAUUGAGAAGUUUGCCAUUUGAGGAUAGACUUAAACGUUGAAAUUUGCAUUCUCUAACAAGGCGAAGAAUGCGAGGAGACUUGAUCGAAGUUUAUAAAUGGAUUAUAUAAUUUAAUAAGGGUGAUGUUAAUAAGUUUUUGGUGAUAAGAGAGCCUUGCAGGACAGGUAACAAUGGUUUUAAGUUUAUAAAUUGAUGAAGGGCUUUAAUAAGGGUGAUGUUACUAUUGUUUUGGUGGCAAGAGAGCCGGGCAGGACACGUAGCAAUGGUUUUAAGUUGGAGAAAUUCACAUUCAACAUAGAGAGGCAAGGACUGGUUAACUAACAGAAUGCUGGAUGAGUGGAACAGGCCUGGCAGUCACGUUAUGAGUGCCACUACGAUAGACACACUCAAAAAAAGAUUACACAAAUUCAUGGCUAGUGAAGUUAGGUGGGGUUAGGUUCACAGGAGCUGCCUUGUAUAGACCUACCGGCCUAUUGCAGACUCCUUACGUUCUAACAUUCCACUCAACACAGGCUCAAGAAAAUCACAAAAACACAUUCGUUACUAUAGACUUAACACACACAUAACGCACUACAGUUUCUAUAAGGGAACUCUGAAGGGGGAACGAAACUAAACAUGCUCCCCUUAAGACAACCGUUUCAGUAUGUGUCUAAGGGGUUCCGUAUGUAUCCCAGUGGUCAAUUAUGUGUCCGCGAUCCAGCCACAGUUACCGAAUCACCGCCACAAUGUCCUAACGCCAAUCUGUCUUCCCAAUCGUCCGUGUAAAUCGUGCUGUCUUCCUAUUGGCUAUACUCCGUUCACGAUAACUAGGCGAAUUAGCCCCGCCCACAGAUGCCCCAGUAACCAAUCAGAUUCAAACUUCCCCCAGACAACUACUAAUCAGAUUUAGCCUUCCCCAACCAACUACCAAUGCGAUCUAACCCUUUCCAGCAUCCACCAGUGAGAUUCAACCUUUCCCAGCAUCCACCAGUGAGAUUCAACCUUUCCCAGCAUCCACCAACUAGAUUUCACCCUUCCCACCAUCCACCAAUGAGAUCUAAACCUUCCUAGCAUCCACCAGUGAGAUUCAACCCUUCCCAGCAUCCACCAGUAAGAUUCAACCUUUCCCAGCAUCCACCAGUGAGAUUCAACCCUUCCCAGCAUCCACCAGUGAGAUUUAACCCUUCCCAGCAUCCACCAAUGAGAUUCAACCCUUCCAAGCAUUCACCAAUUAGAUCUAACCUUCUCAGCCUCCACCAAUCACGAGUAAUCUAAGUUUGAGUGGGCGUGGCUAACUGGUGAACUGGCCAAUGAGAGAGAGAAGGGGGCGGGGCUUAAACGCCAAGUUACGCUGAACGGAGUGUAGUGCGUGUAAUGCUGUCUUCCCAUUGGUUAGCUAGCGUGUUCCUUCUCUGCUAUUGGUGCAUUUGAAACCUCCUUCAUUCCUAUUGGUUAGCUAGUGUUUUCCUCUUUCCCUAAUGGUCUAUUCGAAUAUCCCUCGUCUCCUAUUGGCUAGUUAAUGAUUUCCUUCUCUGCUAUUGGUCUAUUUGAAUGUUCCUCGCCUCUCAUUGGUUAGCUAGUAUUUCCUCUCUUCCUAUCGCUCUAUUUGAAUUCUCCUUCGUCUCCUAUUGGCUGGUUAAUGAUUUCCUUCUCUGCUAUUGGUCUAUUUGAAUGUUCCUCGCCUCUCAUUGGUUAGCUAGUAUUUCCUCUCUCCCUAUCGCUCUAUUCGAAUGAUCCGCGUUUCCUAUUGGCUAGUUAGUGUCGCGCUGUCUUCCCGUGGUCCACACAAGCAGUCCUGUCUUCCCGCGGGUCGCUACAAAACCGCGUCUUCCCGUUGGUCCAUUUGAAUCGCCCUGUCUUCCUAUUGGUUGCUAGAGUGCGGUGUUGCCAGAUCAUCUCCCCCCACACACCCCUCACCCCCUUAGCGUGUGCGUCUAACGUUGUGUGUACCUUAAAUACGCACACAUGUACACGAGGUAGAUAAAAAAGAUGUUACAUAGAUGAGUGUGUGUGUGUACAUUGGAAACGCACACACUCACAUGAUGUUAAGUGUGUGUGUACCUUGAAUACGCACACAUGUACACGAUAUAGUAAAAAAACGUACACAGAUGUGUGUGUACCUUGAAAACGCACACACACGUACAUGAGGUUACAUACAUAGAUGGGUGAGUGUGUACCUUGAAAACGCACACACGCACAUGGAGUUAGGCCAAUACGUACAUAGAUGAGUGUGUGUGUACCUUAAUACGCACACACGCACAUGAGAGGCCUAAGAAAACGUACAUGUGUAUAUGUGUGUGUGUACCAUAUAUCUGCACACACAAGGUAGGCCAGAAAAAACGGUCAUGUGUGUACGCGAGUGUGUGUGUACGUGUGCUAUGAAAAACGCACACGAGCCUUUAGCCAUGCUAGUCAAAACGCGUACACAUGUAUGUAUAAACUAGCCAUGUACGUCAAAUAGCUCAGAAACGUACAUAUGUAAGUAUUUAGUCGCUAUGUGCAUUUAAAUAGUUGAAAAAAAGCGUACAUAUGUAAGUAAAUAGCCAUGUGCAUAUGCUUGUAAAAACGCACAUAGAUGCACAUAGACUACCAGCAUGUGCGUGAAAUAACGUACAUAGAGGAGGAGGAGGAGGAGGAGAAGAAAAUAAUUGAAGAAGUAGAAGGAGGAGGAGGAGAAGAAAAAAGAAGAAGAAGAAGAAGAAGAAGAAGAAGAAGAAGAUUAGGAUAGGAAAUAUGAAGAAGAAGAAGAAGAAGAAGAAGAAGAUUAGGAUAGGAAAUAUGAAGAAGAAGAAGAAGAAGAAGAAGAAGAAGAAGAAGAAGAAGAAGAUUAGGAUAGGAAAUAUGAAGAAGAAGAAGAAGAAGAAGAAGAAGAAAGAAAACUGAAGAAAAUAAAGAUAAAAAGAAAGAAAGAAAGAAAGAAAGAAAGAAAAGAAAGUUAGGGAAAAAAUUGCAUGCUGGGGAUUUUUCUUGUUGUUAGUGUGUUCGUCCGUUGGUGUGUGUGUGUGUGUGUGUGUGUGUGUGUGUGUGUGUGUGUGUGUGUGUGUGUGUGUGUGUGUGUGU